AAAUACAUUAUGGGAAAAAUGUGCUGAUUUGGAAUGAAAUUCCCGGGAGCUUUGGAUCAGUUGCCACAAUGUUCAACAGACUCAGGAAUCAUAAUAGUUGCCAUUUUUCAUUUUUCAUUUUUCAUUUUUCAUUUGUUUCUUUGUUUACCAGUCAUCCUUAAAACCUGCGAUUAACAAACGAUCUUCAGGUUUCAUGCUUUCAAUUUUUUGUUAGAUCAUCUCCUUCGCCGGCUAUGAAUGAAGAGGCGUCAUUUGAAAUUAAGAAGAGACAUGUGCUCCUUUUAGCAUACCAAAGUCUCGGAAUAGUGUAUGGAGAUUUGAGUAUUUCUCCUCUUUAUGUCUAUCAAAGUGCCUUCUCUGGAUCAUUGCAUCAUCGUCUUCAUCAAGAUGAAGAAAUUGUUUUCGGGGUGUUAUCAUUGAUCUUUUGGAGCCUCACUGUUUUCCCUUUGCUCAAACAUGCUGUCAUUAUGCUAAGUACAGAUGAUAAUGGCGAAGGAGGAACUUUGGCUUUGUACUCUCUUCUACGCAGACACACGAAAUUCAGUCUGCUCCCAAAUCAUCAAGCAGCAGAUGAAGAACUUCAAGCAUACUAUAGGCCUGGCUAUGUAACCAGAUAUUCCUCAUUCAGAAGAUUUCUUGAGAAAAACAAAAAGUUUAGAACUUGUUUACUUCUUAUUGUUUUGUUUGCAUCCUGCAUGCUCAUAGGUGAAGGUGUAUUUACUCCUGCUCUUUCAGUACUGUCAUCGUUUCAAGGGCUCAAAGCUCAUAACAAGAGCCUGAAUCACGGUGUUGUGGUGAGUAUUGUCUGUAUUGUACUGGUUGGCCUCUUUGCUUUACAACAUCGUGGUACACAUAAAGUCUCGUUCAUGUUUGCUCCCAUUGUAAGCACUUGGUUGUUCUCAAUUGGUGCUCUUGGUGUCUAUAAUAUCAUUAAGUGGAAUCCAGGAGUCUACCGUGCUCUCUCUCCACAUUACAUCUACAAGUUCUUUAAGCUGACUCGGAAUGUUGGCUGGCGUUCUAUAGGAGGCUUGCUUUUGUGCAUCACAGGUGCAGAGGCUAUGUUUGUGAACCUUGGCCACUUCUCGCCUGCAUCAAUAAGGGUUGCUUUUUCUUUCUUCGUUUACCCUUGUUUAGUUCUUCAGUACAUGGGGCAAGCAGCAUUUCUUUCAAAAAACUUCUCUGUAGUUUCAUCAAGUUUUUAUAGCUCGGUACCAGAUCCCUUUUUUUGGCCAAUAUUUGUACUAGCCAUUCUGGCUGCUAUAAUAGCUAGUCAAGCUGUCAUAUCCGCGACAUUUUCAAUAGUGAAACAAUGCCAAGCAAUAGGGUGUUUCCCUCGCGUCAAGGUGGUUCACACUUCAAGAUGGAUUCAAGGUCAGGUUUACAUCCCGGAAAUAAAUUGGUUACUUAUGAUCCUCAGUCUGGCUGUGACCCUUGGAUUCCAAGACACAACUCUCAUAGGCAAUGCAUAUGGGCUAGCCAGCAUGUGUGUGGCUUUAGUGAAUACAUGGUUACUAUCACUUGUAAUCAUUUUUGUAUGGUACAAGAACAUAUUGUUCGCAUUACUACCCGUGUUAUUCUUUACACCAAUUGAGUUAAUCUACCUCUCAUCAUCCUUUGUAAAAGUAUCCAGAGGCGGGUGGGCCCAACUAGUUUUCGCCAUGAUCUUCAUGCUUGUAAUGUACAUAUGGCACUAUGGCAGUAGGCGUAAAUACUUGUUUGAAGUACAGAAUAAGGUGCCAAUGAAAUGGAUCCUCGCUUUGGGCCCAAACCUCGGCAUUGUAAGGGUUCCUGGUAUCAGCCUCAUAUACACAGAAUUAGUUAGUGGAGUUCCCUCCAUUUUUACCCACUUUCUAACCAACUUACCUGCCAUUCAUCAAAUAGUGGUUUUCGUCUGCAUCAAAACAGUCCCUAUACCUCAUGUUUCAGACAUAGAGCGGUAUCUUGUAGGCAGAAUUGGUCCCAAAUCUUACAGAAUGUACCGUUGCAUCAUACGUUAUGGUUACAAAGAUAUUGAUAAAUAUGUUGAUGAUUUUGAAGACAACCUUGUUAUGAGCAUAGCAGAGUUCAUCAGAAUGGAGGCAGAAGGUAUCGGAUCUUCUGACACAAUGGUUGACGGGUGUAUGGCAUUGGUGAAAACAUCAGCAAAGUUCGGAACAAGAUUAGUGACAUCAGAUAACAAUUCUGAGUGUAGAGGGAGCAGUUCAAGUCACAGAGAAAGUAGUAAAGGAGGUAAGUCACCAACCUUACACAGUUUACAUAACAAAUAUGAAGUUGAAGAGGCACCCAGAUUUUCACAGAGGCAUACCAGGUUUCAGUUACCAGGUGGUGAGACUUUGGAAGAUGAAUUGAAGGAAGAAUUAAUAGAACUUUUGGAAGCUAAAGAAGCUGGGGUUGCUUAUAUAGUUGGACAUUCAUAUAUAAAGGCGCGAAAGCAUGCAUCUAAGCUUAAGAGAUUUGUGAUAAAUGGUGUGUAUUCUUUCCUCAGAAAGAACAGUCGUUCUCCUGCUGUUAUUCUUCACAUUCCUCAUAUCAGUUUGAUUGAGGUUGGUGUGGUUUAUUACUUGUAAGUUGUUAAAUUACUUCAGGUUGUGAGCAGACUCAUUUAACUAAUUAUCGCGAGUUUUGCUCAAUUCCUAGUUGUGAUUAACUUUUUUGGUGGUGUUUUUGUGAAACUUCUUAGUUCUUACGCGCACCUGGUGUUUAGUAUCAGGCAAUUUUUGGUGAUUUUGUUGAUCUUGGAUAUGAGAUUUAAGAUUUUGUAGUCGAACAUAUCAAAAUUGAAUUUGAUAUGGAUCACAUGUAACAUUAAAUUUAUGAGAUUUUUAUGUAUGUAGAUUGAAUUUUUCAGA